GGACGAGUCUCACCAUGGACGACAUCUAUAAAGCAGCGGUGGAGCAGCUCACUGAAGAACAGAAAAAUGAGUUUAAGGCGGCGUUCGAGGUGUUUGUUCAGGAUGCAGAAGACGGCUGUAUCAGCACUAAAGAGCUGGGGAAAGUGAUGAGGAUGUUGGGUCAGAACCCCACGCCUCAGGAGCUGCAGGAGAUGAUCGACGAAGUCGACGAAGACAGCAGUGGCACUGUGGACUUUGAUGAGUUUUUGGUGAUGAUGGUCAGAUGUAUGAAGGACGACAGCAGAGCGAAAUCAGAGGAGGAGCUGGCCGAUCUCUUCAGGAUGUUCGACAGAAACAGAGACGGAUAUAUCGAUACAGAGGAACUGCGUGAGAUGCUGAGAGCUACAGGAGAGAUGAUCACUGAAGACGAUGUGGAGGAACUGAUGAAGGACGGAGACAGAAACAACGACGGGAAGAUUGAUUACGACGAGUUUCUGGAGUUCAUGAAGGGAGUCGAAUAAACCACAACACUGUGACUGUUCUGUAGCCCAGAGUUAGUGCUCAUGUGAAGUCACUGAUUUUGAAUAAUGCCUGUUCAUUUGCAGACAUUGGGGAAAUUUUUAUAUUUAAUAUCAAAUAAAGUUCUGAUUAUAAAAGAA